GGCGGGGCGAUGUAGGCGGCGGCGGCGGCCAGGUGGGAUGCUAUGGAAUAUGAUGAAAAGUUGGCCCGGUUCCGGCAGGCCCACCUCAACCCCUUCAACAAGCAGCCUGGGCCGAGGCAACAUGAGCAGGAGCCCGGCGAGGAGGCCCCGGACGUCGCUGUUGAAGCCCUCCACACCUGCCCCCUCCCCACAGAGGCCCUGCCCGAGCCGCCCCCUGGGGAGCCGGAGUUCCGCUGCCCUGAGCGCGUGAUGGACCUCGGCCUGUCUGAGGACCACUUCUCCCGCCCCGUGGGUCUGUUCCUGGCCUCCGACAUCCAGCAGCUGCAGCAGGCCAUCGAGGAGUGCAAGCGGGUGAUUCUGGAGCUGCCCGAACAGUCGGAGAAGCAGAAGGAUGCUGUGGUCCGGCUCAUCCACCUCCGGCUGAAGCUCCAGGAGCUGAAGGACCCCAACGAGGACGAGCCCAACCUCCGAGUCCUCCUCGACCACCGCUUCUAUAAGGAGAAGAGCAAGAGUGUCAAGCAAACCUGUGACAAGUGCAACACUCUCAUCUGGGGGCUCAUUCAGACCUGGUACACCUGCACAGGGUGUUGUUACCGCUGUCACAGCAAGUGCUUGGGCCUCAUCUCCAAGCCGUGCGUCAGCUCCAGAGUCAGCCACCAAGCCGAGUACGAGCUGAACAUCUGUCCCGAGACAGGGCUGGACAGCCAGGACUACCGCUGUGCCGAGUGCCGGGCACCCAUCUCUCUGCGGGGUGUGCCCAGCGAGGCCAGGCAGUGUGACUACACCGGCCAGUACUACUGCGGCCACUGCCACUGGAACGACCUGGCCGUGAUCCCUGCGCGCGUCGUGCACAACUGGGACUUCGAGCCUCGCAAGGUGUCCCGCUGCAGCAUGCGCUACCUGGCGCUCAUGGUGUCUCGGCCGGUGCUCCGGCUCCGGGAGAUCAACCCUCUGCUGUUCAACUACGUGGAGGAGCUGGUAGAGAUCCGGAAACUGCGCCAGGACAUCCUGCGCAUGAAGCCGUACUUCAUCACCUGUAAGGAGGCCAUGGAGGCACGUCUGCUGCUGCAGCUCCAGGACCGGCAGCACUUCGUGGAGAACGACGAGAUGUACUCGGUCCAGGACCUCCUGGACGUGCGCUUGGGCCGGCUGGGCUGCUCCCUCACCGAGAUCCACACGCUGUUCGCCAAGCACAUCAAGCUGGACUGUGAGCGGUGCCAGGCCAAGGGCUUCGUGUGUGAGCUCUGCAGAGAGGGUGACGUGCUGUUCCCGUUUGACAGCCACACGUCCGUGUGCACCGACUGCUCGGCCGUCUUCCACAGGGACUGCUACUACGACAACUCCACCACAUGCCCCAAGUGCGCCCGGCUCAGCCUGCGGAAGCAGUCACUCUUUCAGGAGCCUGGUCCCGACGUGGACGCCUGAAGCUGAAGGAGGACACCGGGUGCCCCGCCUGGACUACCUGUCGCCGACCCCGCUGGCAUUGCCAAAGUCAAGUUUGUUCCGCUCUGGAGACCCCUGGGGUGAAGCCCCUGGACCUCUCCACCCCUGUGGGGGUAGAGGGAGGUGGUGAGCAGGACUGUCAUCCCCCAGGUGCUUUGUGGCACUCGGGGCGGCUGCACCUGGUUGUUACGUGGUUGUGCUGCCAUGUGGGGUCCCCUCCCCCACUGCAGGACUCCGUGGAGUGAGGGAGGACUUCUAACUUCCCCCACUGCACAGAGCCCUCCGUGCCCCUGGGCCAAGGCUUCUGGGCUCUGGAGACGCCAUGAGCCCCGUCCCAGCCACUCUGGAAACUUGUCAGGCCAAGACCCCCAGAGGGCUUCAGAGCAGGGGUCACUAAGACCUGAGGAUGCCCCGGGCCUGAGUUUCGCCUGCAGUGGUAGUUUGGGUUCUACCUGGAGACUCCCACUGCCUCCAGCCACUUGUCUGUGGGGGCUUCUGUUUGUCCCUGGCGGGAGCCAUUCAAGAUUGUCUCCCAUGGACCUGCCCAUCUUGGCCUCCUGAGGUUCUUUUAAGUCCUCCUGGGAGGUCUGGGAGGGAAGGGGGCUGUGGAGCUUUUCCCUCCUGGGCACACCUGUUGCUGCUCCUGCCAUGGCCCAGCCCACCUUAUCCCCUGGUUCUUCAAGCUGGGAGGCUGGGGGUCCAGCCUGAGGAGGGUAUCCCGGCCUCCAGGUGUGGCACAGGGGCUGUGCCCCAGUGGAGGUUCCAGGUCAGGCAACAGGGUCAUUUACAGUAGGCCUGGGUGGCAUUUCUCAGGACCAAAUUUGUCCCUGAGGAGCUCUGUCCUACUGCCUGUGGAGGGCUCUGGCUGGCUUGGAGAUGACCAGCCAGGGGCCUCUGUGUGUGUGUGCCUCAGCUCAAGAGCUGGGAGUAUUUGCUGUCUUCCUCACCUGCCCCUCUGGAUGACAAAGUCUUUAAACAGUGUGGGUCUUCCUACACAAACCUGGACAUGAAGCCUAGAGCCAUGCAGAAGGAUGAGGGCAAGGGGGUGUGGGAGGUCCCUCAUUCCACGUGACAAAGGGCCCCUGGACAGCAGACAAGACCUACAGCUCUUCAGCAGGGAGAGGGGGCACACUUGGCUUCCGUGUUUGCACUUUAUAGAUCCUGCGUUGAGGGGCUGUAGGAGGGGACAGCCUGGGACGUGGCUUCCCAGUCUUUUGCCUCUGGGAAGCAGAGGUGGCUGCAUCUGCCUUCCUCCUCCUCUCCCUGGACUGUGCUUGGCUGUUGAUGCACGUGGUUGGCACACGUGGGCAGAGGGCAGGGACCGUAGCUGCUGGGACAACCAUUUCCUUUGGCGGGAAAGCCCAAGAGGAGAUGCCUCAGUCAGCAGAGAGGCCAGCUUGGCUCACUGGCCCCCUGAGGGUGGACAAUGACAGCGUCACCUCCUCCUUGCCCCUCUGCACCGUCAGGAAAGGGAUGGUAUCAUUUCGCCCCACACCGUGGCUUUAGACUCGGCUCUUGCUGUCUGUCCUGUCUCACUCUCCCCAUCUGGGAGAUGGGGGCCGUGGUGUGGACCUACCUCAGGGUGGAAUGGUGAGAAGGGACCCAAGUCCUUUAAAGAGGGGGCUGUGAGGUCGGGUCAAUGGUGGGUCCCUGUCCUGCUUUCUCCUCUUCUUUGGGGCUGAAGAGGGGGUUAAAGGCCAAAUGCCUUUUUCCUACGUCCUUAAAUCUGUGCACUUCUCACCACUGUAUUGCAUUUCUGUCAUAGGAAUACUGGCCAUUCCCGAACCUCCUGUGUAAUCAUCACAUCCCAGUUAGAAAUCACUGUGUCCGUAGAAAAAGCAGGCUGGCAUUUGUCGGACAAAGGGUUGGGUCAUCUUUUAACCUACCCAACAUUUCUUCCUCACCUGCCCUCUGGAUGACAAAGUCUUUGAACUGAAUCAUGUGCGGGUCUUUCUCCACGUCCACAGCACGGUAGGGAGAACCCAGCAAGGAAACGGUUUGCAUGAGCGGCGUCUUACGGAAGAGCUCACGCAAGGGUGAUUCUUUAGUGUGGGAUUAGGCUGGCCUGAAAGAUGCCUGGUUGUAACAUUGCCACUGUCACUGUCCCAUUAAAUUGGUGUCCUGUAGACUCUGGUGUGUGUGGUGAAUUGGAGACAAGGCUGAGAGUGUGUUGAUACACAAGCCAAUGGUAGGCUUAGGGACUAACAACCCCAUCCAGUGGGGUUGAAUGUAAUCUGGUUUGGGGUGAAGUACCGU